ACACGUAUGCGUUAAUGGAAGUAUUACCUAUAUAUUUUAAAUAUGAAUGAACUCGUUUUCAAAAUAGUAUAAAGUGCGCUAAUUUCGAUACUAUGGCAAAGAGAGCGGAUCCGGAUAAGUUUACCGUUACGAAAGACGCCUUACUUCCAGGGUUAUUUUUCGCUUUACUUUUACGAUGGUGCGUUGCGGCUUAUCCGUAUUCCGGUUACAAGAAACCGCCAAUGUACGGAGAUUACGAGGCUCAGAGACACUGGCAAGAGAUAACAGUGCAGACUAAAGUAUCACAUUGGUAUAGGAACACCACGCAAAACGAUCUUCAGUACUGGGGUAUAGACUAUCCGCCUCUGACGGCGUAUCACAGCUUUCUUAUGGGCCUUGUAGCGGAAUGGCUCGACCCUGAAUCAGUACGGCUGUUCGCAUCCAGAGGCUAUGAAAGUGAUUCACACAAAACUUUCAUGAGAUGGACUGUUUUUUUAAGUGAUAUAUAUUUCUAUGUCACAGCAGCUUUAUGUAUAUGUAUAGACGCAGAGCGCAUCAUAGGCAAACAUCAUACAAAUGUAUUUAAACGCACAGAUAUAGCUACAAUUCUAUUUUUACUGUAUCCAGGCUUGAUACUUAUUGAUCAUGGACAUUUUCAGUACAAUUGUGUUUCAUUAGGAUUAUUUUUGUGGGCUUCUUUCUUUAUUAUCGCCAUAGAAAAUGAUACUUUAGCCACUAUAUUUUUUGUUUUAGCUCUUAAUUAUAAACAAAUGGAACUAUACCAUGCGCUACCAUUCUUUGUGUAUUUAUUGAGAAAGUGUUUCAUGUGCAUACCAUACAAAUCUAGAUACUCUCACAUAAUACAUAGAUUUAAUAAACUGGCUAUAGCAGUAAUAGCAACAUUUAUUAUUGUAUGGUUUCCAUUGGUUAGGACAUGGGAUGACAUUUUUGCAGUUUUGUAUAGAUUAUUUCCUGUUAAAAGAGGUGUGUUUGAAGACAAAGUAUCGAAUGUGUGGUGUUCGGCUAAUGUAUUUGUAAAAUUAAAAUAUGUUUAUAAUAAUGAAGAAAUGAUAAGAAUGUGUAUUUUGUGUACGAUCAUGUCAGCGAUGCCAGCUUGCAUAGAUCUAUUCUGUAGAAUUAAUAGAAAGAAAUUUGUAUUGUGUUUAAUAAAUGUAUCAUUGGCAUUUUUCCUCUUCUCAUAUCAAGUUCACGAGAAGUCAAUUUUGCUCGUGGCUGUUCCCGUCGUGAUGCAUUUGCCGGAGGAUCCGUUUAUGUGCUUCUGGUUCUUACUAGUGUCAACGUUUAGUAUGCUCCCUUUGUUACUAAAAGAUGGCUUACUAAUACCGUUUCUUUGUACGAGUUUGAUAUAUGUUAGUUUUUUUAGCAUUACUUUAAAAUUAGCAGACAAAAAAGCUGGUAUAUUAUCUUUUUUAAAUGCCAACACUGUCUACAAAGCUGCAAAUCCGGCAGCCAAUUAUAAUUCUGUGGUAUUGAAACUUCUCAGCACAAACUUUUUCUUCUCGCUACAGGGAAUGUUUUGGCUCGGGUUUGGAACUUUAUUUGUUGAACCGCCAGCCAGAUACCCAGAUAUAUUUCCUUUAUUAAUAUCUAUGUAUUCGUGUGUGCAUUUUAUAUUCUUUCUAGUCUAUUUCACACAUCAACAGAUGUUAUUACCAACCUGCUUACCGAUAAAAAGAAAAGUAAAGAAUAAUUAAUUAUGUCUAAUUGUUGUGUUGAACAUUCCAAAUAAAAAAUGAAGCUAU